GCAUAUCGCUAGCCAGGCCUUUACAAAAUUUAACAGGUGUUAUAAUAUAUACCUUCAGAAAUGGAUCUACGGUUUGUUUGUGAAAAGAACGCAGUUGAGAUCAGUUGGAUUAAAGGACAAAUCAAUGGUACCAUUCCGCCGUAUGUACAUGGGGAUCUUUACAGAAAUGGAGGGGGAAUGUAUGAGGUAGGGAACUACACCUACAAUCAUCUGUUUGACGGACUGGCUAUGAUUCAGCACUUCAGAAUCGCUCCAGAUGAAGUAAAAUAUCAGCGAAAAUAUCUUCAAAGCGACACUCAUCAAAAGGUAACAACUGCCAAGGCGCCAGUGGUUGGAGAAUUCGGUACUGCAGCUAUUCCAGACCCUUGCAAAAACAUAUUCAAGAGGUUCCUCACGUAUUUUUCGGCUAGAGAUAUGACAGACAACACGUCUGUGAACAUAAUACCUUUCAACAACAAGCUGUUCGCCGUAACCGAAACCAAAUAUUGGAACCAGAUUGAUCCUGAAACACUGGACCGAAUUGAAAAGCUUGACCUUAAAGAGCUGACAACUGUUGACCUGGCAACCGCUCAUGCGCACAUCGACACAGAUGGCACUGUGUAUAACGUCGGUCACGUGUUUACGAAAGGGUUACCAACUGUAGUGACACGCAUGCCCAGAAAAGCAGAUCUACAAGCUGUUGGAUCGAAGCUCGAUGCGACACAAAACGUCGUUGCGCUCGUACCUUCCUCAUAUUGGACCCACGUUCAUUACUUCCACAGCUUCGGCAUGACGGAAAACUACAUCAUCAUCAUUCAACAACCACUCCUAAUGGACAUAAAAACGGCUGCGCUAGGAUAUUCGGCGGCAGAUGCCUUGAAAUUUCACCCAGAUAUGAAGACGCGAUUUUGCAUGAUACACAAACAGACUGGAGAGCAACUAAACAAGCAUAUGGUCUACGAGGCUGAUGGGUUCCUUACGUUCCAUACUGCAAACGCGUAUGAGGAAAACGGUAACAUUGUGAUGGAUUUGGUGUGGCACAAAGACGCCGGGAUUAUCGAUGCGUUUUAUCUAAAGAAUCUUAGUUCGGAGAAAGUGGAAGAAACGUUUAAGAAGAUCGAUAACUCCGUACUUAAAAGAUUAGUUUUUCCGAUCAAUUUGAGCGGACAGAUUGUGCGCAUGCGUUAUUUCAUUGUAGAGCACCUAAAUCACUUCUCAGCGCUCUGUGUUGUUUUUUUUUCACAGCCAAAAAACGACGAAUCCUCUUCUUCUGUACCGUUUCACGUAUCUCUCAAAGACGGUAAAGUGUACUGUAAAGCGGAGACCAUCUGUGAUGUUGGAUUGGAAUUCCCACAGUGGAACUACGCCGGAUAUAACGGCCGGAAGUACCGAUAUGUGUACGGGGUAGGAAUCCACAAAGGCGACAGGAUGAACACCAGUGUUAUGAAGAUCAACGUGGACAACAAGACCUACGAGGAGUGGCGCGAGGCAGGAUGCUAUGUGUCCGAGCCGGUGUUCAUAGCCGACCCGAGGGGCACGGCAGAGGACCAUGGUGUUCUAUUGGUCGCAGUCAACAAGGUCCACAUGGAUGACUCGAGGAGUUGCUUCUUGUUAGUGCUGGACGCCACAAACAUGACGUCACUGGCCAAGGUCAAGUUUGAAGGAUUAGACGAUUUCCCAAGAGAUUUCCAUGGACUUUUUAAAUCUGAAAUAGGCAAACCAAAUGAAUUAUAUGAUGAAGUAAUGCGUGUGUAAAUGACUUAAUUUGUUUUUUUAUCGAAUCGAUUAGGGUUAUAAUGCAUACAAGUAAUUUGUAUGCGUUUGCCCAAUACCAAUUUAUACUAUUUUCCGUGUUAUUCAUUUGAGUUUGUGCUUGCCAUAUGAUUUUGUCCUUUGUCUGAUUGUUUUGCAAUUAAUCAUUUGUAUGCCCCAGGUAGGGUGGUAUAUAGCAGUUGAACUGUCCGUCAGUCCGUAUGUCUGUCAGUCUGUGCGUCCUUCCGAAAACAUUAAUAUUGGCCAUAACUUUUACAAUAUUGAAGAUAACUUGAUAUUUGGCAUGCACGCAUAUCUCAUGGAGCUGCACAUUUUGAUUGGUGAAAGGUCAAGGUCUUCCUUCAAGGUCAAAGGUCAAAUAUAUGGCUUCAAAGCGGCGCAGUUUAAGGCAUUGUGUUUGUAACAAACACAUCACCUGUGUUUAAAUAGAAAUCGUUGAAUUGAUUAUCGGAAGGAUUUCCAGCUAACUCAAAUGACAUUGCACUUUGAGUUUGUAUGUGCUUCCGAAUUUUAAUUUCAAACUAAUGAAUUUGUUUCACCUUAAAGAUAACAUCAGUGCUAUAAUUGUAGAAACGUUGAAGUAACGUAUACCUAUUGCUGUAAGGGGAUUAAUAUUUAAUAUGUUCACCAAUGCCAAUGAUGUGUUAGAUUUCAUUAAACAAUUUUUUUCAAUAUGCCACGUAUUAUUAGUUUGGCUUGCGUAAUUCAGCUUUGGUAGUUGUGUUGUUAAGUAUUGAUUGUAUGUAACAAUAAACAUUUAUACCGUGAACGUGACGACCUAUGGAGAAAACUAUGUAAGCGUCAUUGUGUACUUUUAUUGACCUAUAUGAUAUAAACGACUAUACAUUUUAGGCCAUAUACUCCGUUAUAAAAUAUUUAUUUACAAGAAUUAACCUA